AUGAAACAGUCUGCCAAAAAAUUCCUAAUGUUUGUGUCCUGCAUCUUGCUUGAUAUACUAUGUGGAACUUUAUAUCUUUACUCAGCUUUCAGUCCUCAAUUCUCUUCAAGGUUGAACUACUCUGCUACUCAAGCUUCAGCUCUUGCCAUGUCUGGAAACUUGGGCAAUUCAAUUGUUGGGCCCAUUGCUGGUUUUUUUGUUGAUCAAUUUGGCUUCAGCAUACCUAUUAGUUUUGGUUCAAUCAUCUUUAUUGGAAGCUACUACCUAUUGAAAAGACAAUUUGAUGAAAGCAUGUCCAAUUUCAAUUUCAGCAUGGUGAUUUUAUUUGGUAUUGGUUUGGGUGGCGCUUUCAUAUAUUCUGGGUGUUUGAAAUGCAGUGCUAUUAUCUACCCAAACAACAGAGGUAUGGCAACUUCCAUUCCAAUUGCUUUUAUUGGCUUGUCAGCAUUGUUUUACUCAGCUUUGGCUUCAACAUUUUAUCCUGGUGAUACUUCAGGCUUGUUGGGAUUUUUGUAUAUCUCUGCUAUUGUGAUUUUUCUGAUCACAAUUUGGUUUAUCAUUAUAGCCGACAGGUUUCACCAAAAAAUCAACGUCUCUCAUUCAAACAAUCAUAGCUUGGAUGGUCUUCAUGAUAUCACUAACUUUGAUACCAAUCAUAUCAGUGUAGAAUUGUUCAAAAAUAAAAAAUUCUGGCUACUAUGCUUUAUUGUGGGUUUGUUGGCUUCAAUUGGUCAAAUGUAUAUAUUUUCUCUUGGGUUUUUGGUGAAAGCUUUAUAUAUCAAAAAGUUGCUACCUCCAAACACACAAAUUGAUGAUCCCCUAACUGUAGCUUUUGUUGAAAACUCAAACACAAUUAUACAAAAUCAGCAAAAUUUUGAAGUCGGAUUACUUUCAAUCUCCAAUUCAGUCGGAAGAUUACUCAGUGGCAUAAUGGGAGAUCUUGUAAUACUAAAAUUCAAAAAGUCACGAAGUGUAUUAAUUAUUUUACCCAUAUUUUUGAUACUAAACUCGCAAAUAUUUUGUUAUAUAUUGGAUGAUAUUAGUUAUUUAUACAUUGCAACUUUAACUAUUGGUUUAGCAUACGGAUUCACUUGGGGUUUAUUUCCAUCAAUAACAAUGGAUUUUUUUGGCAUGGAAAACUUUUCAUUGAACUGGGGAAUUCUAGCAACUUCAGGUAUUUUACCUGCCUAUUUUUACAACAUUCUAUUUGGUAGAAUUUAUGAUUCAAACAUGAAGAUCAUUAAUGUUUUGAACAGCAAUAUAACUGCAGAUACAAAUGAUACUUUAAGAAUUUGCGAAUUAGGUCAUAAAUGUUAUAAUGAUGUAUUUCUAUGGUCCGUUGGUGGUUCUUUAAUAAUGAUUAUAUUGUUUUUUUCAUUAUUUUAUUUUCUAAGAAGGGAAAGAAAAGAGUUGUAUCAAAAAUUAGAAAAUGAUGUAGAAUAA